AUAAUUGCAAAUUAAAUUCGACCAUUAAAUUCAAUUACAGUUUUUGCUGAGCGUUCUCAUGAUGAUUACGACGGCUACAUACUCAUGACUUGUGUUUUUGCUCAAGUAAAAAGCGCCGGCCACUUAAGACCGGAAUGCAAUGAUUUGCAGAUCCAACGGACUGAUAAAGAAGAUUAUCGGGCGCAGCGCAAUGCAUAUAAAAAUUGUCGAGAGACGCUUACGAUCAUCAUAAAAGAUGCAGGGCGGGCGUAUCGCACUGCUUUUAUUAGCAGCUUCCCUUGGCGCCUCAGCGCUGCCGGUGGAAAGAGAGACGGAGAUCAUAAACAUCAAUGGCGAGGAAUACCUACUGUCCAACGUGCCGAUGACGAGGCACGAGUCAAUGGCGUUUUGCGCUUCACGAAACAUGAGCCUGUUGUCUUUCGACCGGCCUGGAAGAUACGAAGACCUCUACUUCUGGUCCUGGGAAACAGGUUGGAGCUCAGCAAUCUUCUGGACGAGCGCCCUUCGAGAGGAAGGGCAGAAAAAGUGGAUUUGGGAAACGAGUGGCGAGCAAAUCACCGACUUCCACUGGGGCCUGCAGCAGCCCGAGCUGGCCAACAAUUACUCAAGACAGUGUUUCUUCUUCUGGCCCUACUUUGGAGGAAACUUCGACGAGCUGUGCACCGAGACUAACUCGUCCUCGGCCACGGCCAGCUUCUGCCAGCACCGUUGAUUUACGGAAAAUGAUUGUGGAAGCGAGAUAAGUGAAUAAUAAAGGACAAAAGACGCAGCGGUGGGCUUGCAUAUGUCGACCACCUUGGCAGGGAAAAAUUAAGCAGCAUUUGCGUCAGCAUCAAUCAGCGCGUCGGCGCAUUUUUCUAGCCUUUUAUGAGCUUUUUAUUCGAGCUCCGGCUGCGUUUUAUUAUGGGAAGAGCCGAGUUUUUCCACUUUUGAGACGGACGCCGGUCAGCAUUGGAAUUUACUGCCCAGGCUUCCAGCUUUUUGUAGUCUCCCGAGCAUAAUUUUGACACCUAGUCCCAUGUAUUAUGCAUGGGACCACGGCCAGCGCACCAAGGAUGUUAAUUUACGCGUAAAGACCCGAAUUAAUGGCUCAUAAUUGGCGUGAAAAAGUGGCCACGUAAUUGCACGUGACACAUACAAGAGCAGGCCGAGGUUUAUGAAUUUUAUGCGCGCACCGCUACAGAGCAUAAAUUUGUUUAAUUCAACCGCGUGCUAUUAUUAUUACACACGCGUCCCAAGAGGCGCAUUGUGCUCCACUCAGAGCAUAAAUUUGAAUUCUGCGUCGACGGAGAAUUUUCAAAUAAUUCAUAUUAUCAGAAAGGUUCGCAACCAAAAUAAGAAGAGAUUUAUUUCCUCACUGUUUAUUUUGCGUUAAAACGGUAAAAAUGAAAAAUAUAUACCAGUCCAUGGGAUGGUGAAAUUUAAAAUGAUUUAGUUGGGAGCGAAAAAGCACAGCAAAAAGGCUCAACUCGUAUUUUUUUGGGAGAAAAGUACGUGUUUUUUUAGUUACUUGAGUUGGGUACGUUAAACAGAUGAAUUUAAAUUAAAAUAAGCAAAACAUUUUAUAUUUGGUUUUAAUCGAAUUUAGACGGUUUAAGGGCAAAAAAUAUGGGAAGGGAAAUUCCCCUUCAAUAUUAUUUUUGAACACAAAAUAUAGGUUAAGCUAGGCUUAAUUUAAAGCAUUUGUUACCGA